AUGUACACUACCACCCCGCGCCUUGAUGAGAUCAAGCGCACAAUACGCGUAUAUCAGGGUUUAAAGACGAUGGCAAUCACGGUGCUUGACGCCGAUGUUGUCAACAAAAUCGCUGCUGGCGAGGUGAUUAUGCGACCUGCCAAUGCGGUGAAGGAAUUGCUUGAAAACGCCAUCGACGCCGGCGCUACCCUGGUGGAGAUCGUGGUGGUGGAUGGCGGCCUUAAACAGCUCCGCAUCAGCGAUAACGGCCACGGCAUUGCUCGUGAGGAUUUACCAUUACUAUGUCAACGGUUUGCCACUCUGAAACUACGCACGUUUACUGAUUUACAGACUAUCGCCACCUAUGGUUUUAGAGGCGAGGCAUUGGCCCUGAUCUCCCAUAUUGCUCGCGUCCUGGUGACGACGAGAACCGCUGACGAUACUGUGGCACUGAAGGCUUACUAUACUGAUGGGAAGCUUGCUACCCUGAAUUUUAAGCCCCUGGAUAAGGACCCUGAGACGUUAAUCAAGCGCACUGCUGGUACUGUGGGCACAACUCUUGUGGUGGACGAUAUGUUCUAUAACUUACCCAACCGGCUCAAACUGAUGCGGCUGAAGCUGGAAGAGCUUACCAAGAUUGUGGAAGUGGCUAGUCGCUACGCUAUUCAUAGAGGGGAUACUUGUGCCAUUAGAGUAUUGACUAAAGAGCUGAUGGUACCUUUAGUGAGCUCACGCGUGGGAAUGCCAUUAGCUGACCGUAUGCGUCAAGUACUGGGCCAGGCAGGAGAGACGCUAGAGCUUGAGAUUGACGCUGAAGCUGAAGACGGACUCUAUCUUAUAAAGGGACUGUUAUCGUCACCAAAUUUCGUAUCAAAGAAGAAAGUGGCUCCGGUGAUCUUCAUCAAUGAUCGGUUAGUCACCUGUGAACCGUUAAAGAGAGCAGUUAACGCCGUCUACGCCAAUUUGCUCCCACGAGGACUGUACCCUUUCUACUACUUAUCAUUAACCAUCGACCCUCACUCAGUGGAUGUCAACAUGCACCCGACAAAAAGUGAGGUACGGUUCCUUCAUGAAGACGAAAUCAUCCAAAGAGUAUCGGAUGCGGUAUACCAACGACUCCAGGAGGUGGAUACUGCUCGUUCGUUUGCCAGCCAGCAACAACCUUUAAGCAAACGAUCACUGACAUCAAUGGAGCUGGCAACAAAGAAGUACCGUCAAGAUAGUAAACUCGUACGAGUGGAUGCUAGCCAGCUGAGAAUCACACGGUACUUGGAGCCUCGACCCUCCCAACUACCAACUAACGAUGAAGAAGACAGCUUCAACGAAAGUGACGAAGAUAACAGUAUGGAGGAAGAAGAGUCGAGCCCUGCUGCUGAAACAUACGAUACUUCAGGACGAUUCCUUGAUAAUGACCAUAUUGAUAGCAUCGACGUUAACUACGAUCUCGCCAGUAUUCAUGAACUACGCCAGGAAUACGUCACCCACGUGUCUCGGGCUCUUACCAAAGCGUUUGCUAAUGCUGCCUACGUGGGCAUGGUCGACCCCGAAAAGCGACUCGUGUGUUUCCAGUACGGCGUCAAACUCUACCUCGCCGAUCUUGCUGCUGUUUUGAACCAGUUCAUCUACCAGUUGUGCCUUGAGGAUUUUGGUCGGUUUGGCAUUUACGAGUUGAACCCCCCGGUGCCGCUAACCUCGAUACUUGCGGGGUUUGAUGACGUCGACGGCGUCAUCGCAGGGCUAGAGACGAUUCGGCCGAUGCUUCGAGCCUAUUACCGCAUGGGGAUUGAAAAUGGCCACUUAACCCUGUUGCCGCUUAUUGUGUCGGGUUUGGAGCCCGCGCCAGAGAAGCUUCCCUACUUGUUAACACGGCUAGCGUCGGUGCCCCUCGAUGACGAAAAAUCGUGGUUCGACCACGUCCUGCGCCAGUUUGCCCUCUUUUUCAUCCCCCCACCUAAUACGGCUACCGAAGACGCCGAUAACCUCUUAGAUCUCUGGGUAUUUCCCGAGCUUAGGCGCCGCUUCGUCGCCCCGACCCUGCUCCACCAGGACGUCAUCGAGAUCGCCGACCUCCCCGGGCUCUACCGUGUGUUUGAACGCUGCUAG